AUGGCUGCUCCCGUUACCAAGUUCCCCGCUGAGGGUCUUCGCCAUGCGCGUAGGUUUAUUACAUCCCACAACAAGGAGGGCAAAGGUGUAUUCGUUGUUGAUGACGAUGGCGACCACCACCGAAUCAUGGUCGAUGGUCUCGCUGUUGCAAACAUCAUUUACAGCACAUCUGGGAACCCAGUGGACAUGAACGAUGAUAAGGACCUGAUUUAUGCACGGGACAACGAGCCCUCGAUUCAUGUCGCAAAUGGCAGCGUUGCUCGUCUGAUUGACUUCGGCCCAGGCGUGGAGUCACCCAUUCACCGUGCCUUGUCAAUUGAUUACGGCAUUGUUGUUGAGGGAAAGUUCCAGCUCACACUUGACAGUGGUGAGAAGAAGGUGAUGCUGCCUGGUGAUAUGAGUGUGAACCGAGGCUGCAUGCAUAUGUGGAAGAACUUGGACGAAGAGAAAGCCGGACGCAUGCUCUUUGUCCUACUGGAUGUGACUCCCACGAAGGUGAAUGGGGAGGAGAUUAGCGAGUACUUGGGUAUUUUGGAAAAGGACUACGCCGAUGCGAAGCAUUGA